GGUGGGGGUAGACGGGGGGAGACGGCGCCCCCGGGGCGGGGGGGCGCCCCGGGGGCGGGUGGGGGGAGACGCGCGCCCCGGGCCCCAGAACAAGUCUGGGGCGAGCGCGCCGCCGGCUCCUCUCGGAAUCUCCCCCCCCACAUCGCCCCCCCCCCCCUGCACUUUAAAUCUCCCCACGUCUCCAGAGAUCUCCCUGGCAACUCCUGAUGCCGUCUUGAGAUCUGAGGGCGGUGCCGCUGGUCCGUGAUCCGGCAGCGACUCGAUACAUCUCCUUGGCCUCUGCCGACAUUUGAAGGUUCCUCGGCGUGUCCCGACAACUCCUCCUCCUCCUCCGCGCAUCUCCCCGCGUCUGCUGACAUCUCGGGGGGUCUUCCGACACUCUCAGCCCACGGGCUCCGAGGAGGCCAAGACGGCCCUGGAGAGGGGACCCCUCUUAGGAGACAUCGUGGGGGGAGGGGGCCUGGUCCAGCUCGGAGCCUUCAUCGCCUCCUGCACCCCCUCGCCCGUCACUCCCCUCCGCUCCUGCCUCGGCCGGCAUGGAGAGGACGCGAGCCCGUGGAGCGACGGCGAGGGGACCUGGGCUCGGGGCCCCAAGGGGAUACCGAGGCGCCGUGGAGACCCCGGGGGGAUACCGAGGCGCCAUGGAGGCCCUGUCCGUGUUCGGGCCGCAGGGACCCGGGGUGACCUCGGCUCCUCCACGGGGAGACACGCGGCUUGCUGCUCAUUGGACCUCGAGUGACGGCGGCGUGGCAUCGAGCAGCCAAUCGCCCGUCGAGCCAGCUCACAGUGGCCGGCAUCCCGAGGGCUGCUCCUGGGCCCAAAAGGCUGACCUUGUGGACAGGGGACUGGCCCACGAUCAUAAGAGGAGGUUUCCUCAUUGUGAAGAGGAGGGCCCAUCGCGUGAUGAAGAGACGAGCUAUCGCCAUGAUGAGGAGCUUUCUCACGAUGAGGAGAGGACGCGAGCCCUUCACGAUGAGGAGACGGUUGACGCAGAUGACAAGAGGCACCUCUGUGACGAGGUGGAGAGGCUCCCUCAUGGUGACGAGGUGAGAAGGCAACUCCAGAGUGUGAACAGACGCCUUCACGAGCAAGGGGAGCAGCGUACUCGUGCCGAGGAGUGGAGGGGGCUUCUUCAUGCUGAGGUUUCUCAUGACAAGAAGAGGAUUCGUGACGACGUUCUCUCCAGCGACGGUGACCUGGCUCUCCCUGCUCUUCUGGGCGCCGACCUCGGCACUCCGCGUGCCGCGCGGGAACUCCUCGUCGCCCGGCUCCCUGCAGCGGUGGCAGAGAAAAGUAAAACCUGCGUGGACACGGUGCCCAGUGGGCCCCCACAGCCGGCGGUGAGCCCCGUGUCCCACGCGGUGCACGGCUGCAUGCGCAGUCCCAACGUCCGCGUGUCCGAGCGGUGCAGCGACGUCUCGCAUGACCUCGUGCGCUGCCCCCCCGUCUACAACGACCUGGCCGGCGAGGUGGACCCGGCCAGCGUGCAAGAGAUGGACGAGGCGGGGCUGCUGGCAGAGCGAACGGGCGACGGAGCGGACCAGAUGCUCGACCUGGGCCAAGUGUUCUGUGACCUGGCAGCCCUGGCGGAGCCGUGGCGGCCGCAGCUCUACACUGACUCGAUGCUGCAGGGAGCGGCUCCAAGUUCCGUCCUGGAAGACCUCCGACUGCCACGCACAGGCCUGUGCCUCCAGCUACACCUGCCGCUCAGAGGCACCCCCUUGUUGGGAGAGACGGGAGAAUCCGCAGUUGCAGCAGCUGCAGCUCCAUUGGGGGUUGCUAGAGCCGACUCGCCUCCCCGGAGGGACCAGACUGCGCCGCCGCAGCUCCGGCUGCAGUCCUACGUCAGCGUCGACGAGUACCUGCGGCGUCUGUCCGCGGAGGAGCCCGACCUUCUUGAAGUUUUACUGGCGGGGGAGGCCGGGGAGGACGGCCUCCGAUCUGCUCGCCGCUCGGCCCGUGCCCAGAGCCCCACGGACGUUCAGGCGCAGCCGGAGCCGACCGACGGCGAGCUGCAGGAAAGGCUGCAGAGGCUGUGGGAGGCUCUGGGCAUGUCCGAGUGGGAGCGCAUGGCAAUGACGAUCAAGUACACAUCCGCGGAGAGCGUGGGACACCUGCACCAGUCCCUAGGGCUCUGGGAGGAGGCAGCCACUCUGGUCACACGCAGGGAGGAGCUGCUGAGGAGCCUCGCCCGGUUCGAGCGAUCAGCCUCGUGCCCGGAUCGGCUGCUCCAUAAAGCUGGCGCACCGUCACAGAGGCUCACGGAAGACAAACGGCGCGCAGCGUUCUAUCGAGAGGCGGCAGGGCUGGAGGGGAAGCUGCGCCGCCUGCUGGGAAACAUCGAGCGCAAAUUCGGCGAUCAGGUCCACUACAAGGGGUGGUCGUACGUGGAGAGGAUGCGGCGCGACCGUGUGGAGAUGCUCUACGCCAUACAGCAAGAGCGACGUGCGGGCGGGACGCUCGCCUCGCCUCAACACGCCCGGCCUCAACGUGCCCGGCCGGAACACGUCCAUCAAGAACGUGCGGAAGCGGAGACGUGCGGCUCGCUUGGCCUCUCACAGAACACCCCACCACAACACGCAGACGCGCAGCCACAACACGCAGACGCGCAGCCACAACACGCAGACGCGCAGCCACAACACGCAGACGCGCAACCACAACACGCAGACGCGCAGCCACAACACGCAGACGCGCAGCCACAACACGCAGACGCGCCACAACACGCAGACGCGCAGCCACAACACGCAGACGCGCAGCCACAACACGCAGACGCGCAGCCACAACACGCAGACGCGCAGCCACAACACGCAGACGCGCAGCCACAACACGCAGACGCGCAGCCACAACACGCAGACGCGCAGCCACAACACGCAGACGCGCAGCCACAACACGCAGACGCGCAGCCACAACACGCAGACGCGCAGCCACAACACGCAGACGCGCAGCCACAACACGCAGACGCGCAGCCACAACACGCAGACGCGCAGCCACAACACGCAGACGCGCAGCCACAACACGCUGACGCGUGA